AUGUCUGAUCUAAUUGACCAGGAUAAUGAAGAUAUACCUCUUGAGGUACCGCACGAUCUUGAUGGUCCAGAUGACCUAAAUCAGUGGUAUAAUGAACAGGGCGUGGCCAAGGCGAAUAUAAAUUAUCACAGAAGAAUGAUCGAUGGAAAUUUGGAGCAAAUAAAUCGGGCCAAACGAUUUCGUGAUCAGUUGGUAAACGGAUAUAACGAAGCCAAUAUUGGAUCUAGUCCAAAGGUUAGGAAGCUUAGAAAGUCCACGAUUAAUAUUUAUCAAAAUAUGCAAAGGGUGAAUGAUUAUCUUUACUUAAAUCAAGAAGGAGAAUCAACAGGAGAACAAUCG